AACAACAUGCGGGUAAGUAAUUAAUGACAGAAUUUUCAUGUUUGGGUGAACUAACCCUUCUAAUGUUUUUUUUUCUCUUUUUUUUUUUAACUUGUCCUGCAGGAAUGAAUCAGUGAAGGGUGAUGGCGUCUGUGAAUCAGAGCCGAAGGGUGAUGGCAUCUGUUUCAGAGCAGCUUCUGGCUGAUCUAGACACAGAUAAACUGAAGAGGUUUAAAUGGCGCUUAAAGAAUUAUUACAGUGUUUCAGCCACUGAUCUGGAGAAAGCAGAUGCACCUGACACAGUGGAUCUGAUGAUAAAGCGUUUUGGACCAGAAGUAGUUGUGAAGAUCACCAUGGACAUCCUGAGGAAGAUGAACCAGAACCAUGUGGCUGAAGAGUUAGAGAAGAAACACAAGCAAGCUCAGGCUGAGAGCAUUAUUGAGGAUCCUGCCCCAGCUGGAGCCAAAUUAAAACCGAUCAAAGGUAAAAACUGAUCCCUGUCUGGUUUUAUUCUUAUUUUAGUCAUAUGGACUCCUUGAGUAGAUUCCAGAGAAAGUAAAAAUCCAAGCAGCAAUUGCAUGACAAAACAUUGAUAUGUGACCCUGGACAACAAAACCAGUCAUAAGAGAUUUAUACAUCAUCUGAUUGAUGCAUGGUUUGUUAGGAUAGGACAAUAUUUGGCCAAGAUACAAC